UAAUUCGUCACAUCUUUUAUUUUUCGUUCCCGCAAAAGUGCCACGGCUUGGUCCAGAGCAAAAUAUUCCGCAGAGAGCAGUGCUACCUUGUUAUUCGUGAUUGGCUCUCCAGCCAAAUUAGAUUACCUUGCUCCGUAUGCAGUGCUUCGCAUAACUACGACAUCACUCUGCGAGCAUAUUUCGGUGAUUACAGUGUAAUUGCGUGAAGAAUCAUGAUUCUGCCCCUUCUUCCCUUCUGAAGAGUAAAAGUGGCUGUAGUCUGACAUCCUAUGAUUGUCUUUUGACUGAUCGCGACCAAGUUGGCUUACCACACAAGGGCAUCUUCCGUUUCCGUCUCGACGAUUGUUAUUAUUGCGCCCACGCUCGAUGUCCGCCAUGACCAUCGUUCCGCGGUAUGGGUUAUCUGUGUGCUAUUAUUAUGAUGAAAUUACUUAAAGCAAGGACUCAAUUGCAAGUGCUUCUCAAUUUCACAUGGACGUAAAAUGUCGCAAAAAUCAGUUUUACCAUAUAUCGGCUUUUCGCAGCCUUUUGCACCUUUUCAAGCAUUUUC